UAAAAAUAAAAACUAAUCUUAUCGCUACUUGCAGUAUUUUUUCCUGUUUUAAUAAUUUAAUGAAUUAAUAGUCGUGCUAAUGUGCACAAAAUGUUGAUAUCAAAAACACUUUCCUUCGUCCUUACUGUCAUAACUGCUGUACCAUGUAUAUUCGCAAUAGAGAUUCCAGAGAAGUUCCAAAAGUCGAACCACACUAACAACUGGGCCGUGUUAGUAGACACGAGCAGGUUUUGGUUCAACUACCGGCAUGUAGCGAACGUGUUGUCCAUCUAUCGGAGCGUCAAGCGGCUCGGGAUACCGGACAGUCAGAUUAUCCUCAUGAUAUCGGACGACAUGGCGUGUAACCCGCGGAACCCGCGCCCGGCGACCAUAUUCAAUAAUGCUCAUGAGCAGAUUAACGUGUAUGGAGAUGAUGUUGAGGUGGAUUAUAGAGGUUAUGAGGUUUCAGUUGAGAACUUUGUCCGUCUCCUCACCGGCCGCCUGCCCCCUGACACCCCUCGCUCCAAGCGCCUCCUCACCGACGAGGGCAGCAACAUACUGAUCUACUUAACUGGACAUGGUGGAGAUGGGUUCCUCAAGUUCCAAGACUCGGAGGAGGUGACGAGUCAGGAGCUGGCUGAUGCCCUUGAGCAGAUGUGGCAGAAGAGGAGGUACAAUGAGAUUUUCUUUAUAAUAGACACAUGUCAAGCAUCAUCUAUGUAUGAGAAGUUCUACUCGCCCAACAUAUUAGCCACUGCUAGCAGUUUAGUUGGUGAAGAUUCACUUUCGCAUCAUGUGGACUCCGCGAUCGGCGUGUACAUCAUAGACAGAUACACAUACUAUGUGCUGGAGUUCCUUGAGAAUGUGCAUCCUAACACACACAGAACUAUGUCAGAAUUUCUAGCCGUAUGCCCUAAAAGCGCGUGCUUGUCGACGGUGGGCGUCCGCCGCGACCUCUUCAAGCGCGACCCGAGCCGGGUGCCCAUCACCGACUUCUUCGGGUCCGUGAGACCCGUCGUCGUCACCGCCGACCCUAUAGAUAUACUGGAUAUACCUAAGAGGAAGAGAAAGACUGAGCCAGAACUGAAACCUGUGUUACCAGAGAAGCGGAGUUACCUGCCGCAGUUCCCAGUGCAUCUGGUGGAAACUAACUAGUCCAAAGAGUGUAACUACACACGAACAAAGGUAUUAAUAAACUUACAUUAAUUUU